UUGGCGGCAUUGGCUGCCGGUGUCGCGGUCUCCCGAGUUAAUCCAAGCGGGUGCUAUGCUGUCUCCUCCUCUUCCGUGCGUAUUGCGGACUCCCCAAAUCUGACCCACCCUGCCACUGCAUCCACCCCUCCACUUCUCCUUCUCCUGCGCCGCCUCAUCUUAUCUCGCCAAUCCCCCUUCGUCGCGCGCGCAAGGCUAAACCCUAGCUCCUCCGCGGCUCCGCCCCCACCGCCUAAACCCUAGUUCGGAGAGUUGCGUGCGGGCGUGGUGCGGGAGGAUGGCCGAGCCCUCCAAGGUGAUCCACAUACGGAACGUCGGGCAUGAGAUCUCCGAGAGCGAACUGCUCCAGGUGGUGCAGCCGUUCGGCACUGUCGCCAAGCUCGUCAUGCUGCGUGCUAAGAACCAGGCUCUCGUCCAGAUGGAGGAUUUAGCUUCUGCUGUGAAUGUGAUCCAAUACUACAAUACAAUUCAACCCAGUGUAAGGGGAAGAAAUGUUUACUUGCAAUAUUCAUCCCACCAAGAAUUGACUACUGAUCAGAGCUCUCAUGGACGAAAUCCUGAUCAGGAAGAACCUAACCGAAUUCUGUUAGUAACCAUUCAUCAUAUGCUUUACCCUAUAACCAUUGAAGUGCUUCAUCAAGUGUUUUCUCCCUAUGGAUUUGUGGAGAAGAUAGUCACAUUUCAAAAGUCAGCCGGCUUUCAAACCCUCAUACAAUAUCAGUCACGUCAAAGUGCAAUACAAGCUUAUGGUGCUUUACAUGGACGGAACAUAUAUGAUGGUUGCUGCCAGCUAGACAUUCAAUAUUCUAAUCUCAGCGAAUUGCAAGUUCACUACAACAACGAUAGAUCUAGAGAUUUCACAAAUCCAUCUUUGCCUACAGAACAACGCUCAAGAUCAUCUCAGCCUAGUUAUAAUGAUCCAAGCAGUUUGUUUGGUUUCCAGCAACCUGGAGAUCCGUAUGCACAGGUUAGCAUGGACAUCUCAUACAAAGCAUCUGCUGCACUUUGUUAUUUUAAUAUUUCUCCAUACCAGAUGAGUAAGGCAGCAAUGAUCGCUGCUGCUUUUGGUGGAACAUUGCCUCCUGGAGUGUCUGGCAUCAAUGACCGUUGCACACUUCUAGUUAGCAAUCUGAACACUGAUAAAAUUGAUGAGGAUAAGCUCUUCAACCUUUUCUCAAUGUAUGGGAAUAUCGUGCGUAUCAAGAUACUCAAAAAUAAACCAGAUCAUGCCCUCAUCCAGAUGGCUGACGGGCUUCAGGCUGAGCUUGCUGUACUGUAUUUAAAGGGAGCAAUGCUAUUCGGAAAGAAGCUUGAAGUGAACUACUCCAAGUACCCAACCGUUACUGCUGAUCCAGAUGCACGUGACUACUCAACUUCUCACCUCAACAGAUUUAACAGCAAUGUGGUGAAGAACUACCGCCACUGUUGCGCCCCAACCAAGAUGAUCCACAUCUCAGCGCUUCCACAGGACAUAACUGAAGAUACCAUCCAUUCCCUUGUUGGUGAGCAUGGGACUAUCGCCAACUCAAGACUGUUCGAGACGAACGGCAAAACGCAGGCCCUUGUGCUGUUUGAAAGCGUGGAAGAGGCAACAGAGGCGCUCGUGGAGAAGCACGCAAGCAAGCUGGACCGAACCAACAUCAGGAUUUCCUUCUCACAGAUGCAGAAUAUAUAGUUCUUUCCUGGGAAUUGUGAGGAGCCAAAGCUAUAAGCUUACCUUAACUUUUGGAUUUCGUGCACUUAGCUUGCAUGAACCGAUAUAUGUUUCACCUUUGCCCAAAAAGUGGUGUGAACUGUCUUUCAUGUAUGGAUGGAUGGAUCAGUUAAACCCGUGUUCUCUGUUAUGUGAUGCCCCCUCUUAUGCAAUUCAGCAUGGAUAUGUUAAACCUGUGCUCAUAUGCCCUAAAAAUGGUGUACACUUUCUUAAUGAAUAUAUAUCACUGCAGUGGUUUGACGAUCGAAA